AAAUAGCAAUAUUCAAAUGGAGGUAAUUAAGGAGUGCUUUUGGGUAUUACUAGUGAUGAUGAUUUUAUCAUUGUAUGGGAGUCGACGCUCUAAUGGUUGUUGGGAGCAUGAGAGAAUUGCUCUCUUGCAACUCCAGGAUCAUUUCAAUUAUUCUCCUCAGUUUGACAAUUAUUAUUAUUGGUCGUAUUACAACUAUUAUUCUGACAAUGCUGACGAUGUCAGGUGCUGUAACUGGGAAAGAGUCAGGUGCAGUGCCGCUACAGGGCAUGUUACCCAACUCUUACUUGGGGAAAUAAGAGGUUGGAAUUCCUUCGAACAUUGGUAUCUAAAUGCCUCUUUGUUUCUUCCCUUCCAACAGCUGAAGCAGCUUGACUUAUCCGAUAACAACAUAGCUGGUUGCCUGAAGAAUGAAGGUUUUGAAAAGUUAUCAACGCUUGAGAAUUUGGAGUUUCUUAAUUUAGGUGUUAAUAACUUCAACACUAACAUUUUAUCAUCUCUAAGUCAUCUCUCAUCUUUGAAAUAUUUAUAUCUAUAUGAAAAUGCAAUGAAAGGAAGAAUUGAUAUUCAAGAAUUGAAUAAUCUAACAAAUCUAAAAGAGUUGGAUCUAAUGGCCAAUGAAAUUGAAGGCUUUAAUUCUUUACACGGUGCUGAAAAAUUACCAAAUAUGAGCAAUCUAGAAUAUCUUUAUUUGAGUUACAAUAACUUUGAAUUGGAUGCGAUGAGCAAUCUAGAGGAGUUGGACUUGAGCGGAAAUAACAUUACAAAAUUUAUCAGCUCAAGAGAAAUCAGAAGUCCAAAAAAUUUGAGCAUCCUUUAUUUAGAUGACAUCACCGUAGAAGGAAGAAGCAUGCUAUUAGAAUCAUUGGGAGCAUUGACCCAUCUCAGGACCCUAUAUGUGAGAUGGAGUAAUUUCAAAGGGACAAUAUUGUCAUUGGGAGCAUUGGCCCAACUCAAGACCCUAGAUAUGAGUGGGAGUAAUUUCAAAGGGACAAUAUUGUCAUUGGGAGCAUUGGCCCAACUCAAGACCCUAUAUAUGAGAUGGAGUAAUUUCAAAGGGACAAUAUUUGAUCAAGGUUCUAAAGUGAUAAAUGUGAAAGAGCUAUAUUUAGACGGGUCUUCCCUGGAUGAAAACCUUCUCCAAAGUCUUGAAGUAUUAUCUUCUCUUAGGCUUUUGUCUUUAGUUGAAUUGAAUUGCACCCUACCAAUCCAAGGCUUGCCACAUCUGAAGGAUUUGGAGCAUUUGUAUUUGAAUUACUCUAUUGUCAACAGUAAUUUUCUACAAUCAAUUGGAGAGUUGUCCUCCCUUCAAACAUUAUCAUUGCACAAUUGUGGACUUAAUAGUGCAACGUUUCUAAACCAAGGUUUGUGCGAAUUAAUACAUCUCCAAAUGCUAGAUAUUAGCUACAAUGAUUUCAGUGGCAGCUUGCCUUUGUGUCUAGUGAAUUUGACAUCCCUUCAAUGGCUAGAUCUCUCUUCCAAUCACUUUAUUGGGAACAUCUCUUCAUCUCCACUUAUGGGUCUAAAAAAUCUGGAACAUUUAUCACUCUCAAACAAUCUUUUCCAAAUCCCAAUCUCAUUAAGUUCAUUUUUCAACCAUUCAAAACUCAAGAACUUGGAUGCUUGGGGUAACAAAAUAUAUGCAGAAUUUGAACCCAAUCAUCAGAAUUUGAACCCAAUGUUUCAGUUAGAGAUGCUUAUUUUAUCUGGCCGUGUAUAUUGUGGAGCAUUCCCCAAAUUCCUCUAUCAUCAAUAUAACCUACAACUUGUUGAUCUAUCACAUAUUCAAAUCAAAGAAGGGUUUCCAUCUUGGUUGUUACAUAACAACACAAAAUUAGAAUUCCUUUACUUGAUCAACAAUUCUCUCUCAGGGCCUCUCCAAUUACCACUUUAUUUUCAUACGAAUUUGUCAAACUUAGAUAUCUCAGACAAUUGCUUCCAAGGUUAUAUUGCACCAAUGAUAGGAACAUAUCUGCCAAGAGUAAGAUAUGUAAACAUGUCGGGAAAUGGUUUUAGAGGUAGUAUUCCCUCUUCAUUUGGAAAUAUGAGCUUACUGCAAACCUUAGACUUAUCCAACAAUAAAUUGUCAGGUAGUAUACCAGAGUAUUUAACCAUUGGUUGUAUCUCAUUAGUUGAGCUCAUACUUUCAAACAACAGUUUACAAGGCCAAAUAUUUUCUAGAACCUUUAACUUAAGAUUUUUGGGAGAGUUACAAUUGGAUGGCAAUCAAUUCACUGGCAGCAUUCCACAUAGCUUGUUUAACUGCACUUUUUUACGAGUGUUGGAUCUUAGUCAUAACGACAUAUCCGGUAAAAUUCCAUGGUGGUUGGGGGACAUGUCUUAUCUUGAGAUUUUGGAUCUUUCAAUGAAUAAUAUCUCUGGAAAUCUACCAUCUAACUUUUGCCAUACAAACAUACAAAAACUUUAUUUGUCUAGAAAUGGGCUGCAAGGAUCUUUGAAGGAUGCAUUUUAUGGUUGCUUUGAGCUGAUUGUGUUAGAUCUUAGCCAUAAUAAUGUGACUGGAAGCAUUCCGCCUUGGAUUGGAAAAUUUUCUCAAUUGAGCUAUCUAAUCUUGGGUCACAACAAUAUUGAAGCGAAAAUCCCAAUUCAGUUGUGCAAUUUGACUCAAUUAAGUUUGAUUGAUCUUUCUCAUAAUCAUCUUUCUGGUCCUAUUCUCCCUUGCUUAAGAUCUACAAGCAACUCAUAUAGGCAACAAGAUGGUUCAUAUAAUGCUUCUGCUCCUGUUUCUAUGGAUGAACCUUUAGAGUUUACAACAAAGAGUAUAUCCUAUUCUUACCAAGGAAGCAUGCUAUCUUACUUCUCUGGAAUUGAUCUCUCAUGCAACCAUUUGACAGGCCGAAUUCCUACUGAAAUUGGAAACCUCAAUGAGAUCCAUGUUCUAAAUUUGUCUCAUAACAGUUUGACAGGAGAAAUUCCAGCAUCAUUUUCCAACUUACACCAAAUUGAGAGUUUGGAUCUUUCAUACAACAACUUGAAAGGAAGCAUUCCUUCUCAGCUUACUGAGUUAAAUUUUUUGGCUGUUUUUAAUGUGUCAUACAAUAAUUUAUCUGGCAAGAUACCCGAUGUUAAACAAUUUGCAACAUUUGAUGAAAGCAGCUAUCGAGGAAACCUUUUUCUCUAUGGAUGUCCAUUGAUGAAAAAUUGUACUGAAAUAUCAUUACCUCCAUCAAAAUCAAGAACUUCAAUUGAGAAUAAAGAAAGCAGUUGCUUCAUCGAUAAGGAUGCUUUCCAUGCGAGUUUUGGGGUGACUUACAUUAUGGUGUUGUUGGUAAUAGCUGCAGUUUUGUACAUAAAUCCAUAUUGGCGACAAGUAUGGUUUUACUACAUUGAGGUGAGUACAAACAAUUGCUACUAUUUUAUUAUAGACAAUCUUGCUUUUUUGUCCAAGUUUAGAUUUUGUAACUUUUGUAAAUGAAAUUUAUUAUGCAAAUAUUAUGUAGGUUCUUUUUUUUUUUUUUUAAUUUACUUCAAUUAACCAAGAGAUUGAAUCUCAACCAGUGAUGUAAAACCUGUGUUUAGAAUACUAUAUUUGCUCCUAGCAUUGAAUUUUUUUUAA